ACUGCGGACAUAGUACAGGAGAUGACCAGAGACUGCAGACACAGUACAGGAGAUGAUCAGAGACUGCGGACAUAGUACAGGAGAUGACCAGAGACUGCAGACACAGUACAGGAGACGGUCAGAGACUGCGGACACAGUACAGGAGAUGACCAGAGACUGCGGACACAGUACAGGAGAUGACCAGAGACUGCGGACACAGUACAGGAGAUGACCAGAGACUGCGGACACAGUACAGGAGAUGACCAGAGAGACUGCGGACAUAGUACAGGGGAUGACCAGAGACUGCGGACACAGUACAGGAGAUGACCAGAGACUGCAGACACAGUACAGGAGAUGACCAGAGACUGCGGACA